AUGUCAGAAGGGCUAUCAUCCAUCCAGAAGGAAGCUAUUUCUGGUAUUACUACGGGGGCCAUAACUACUAUUGUUGUACAUCCAUUAGAUUUGAUAAAAGUACGAUUGCAAUUAUUGGCUACAUAUAAAACUGAUGGAGGUUAUAUAAAGGUAUUAAAAAAACUGUUUAGUAAUAGCAAUGGUUUGAAUCCUAUGAUUAAAGAGGUUUAUCGUGGGUUAGGCAUAAAUGUAUUUGGCAAUUCGGUAGCAUGGGCAUUAUAUUUUGGGUUCUACCGGUUCUCUAAGGAUAUUAUUUAUCAUCAUUAUUACUACAAAGGUGGGAGUAGUGUUACUGAUUCAAUUGAUAAAGAAACCACUCAUACAGAUAUUAUUCAUGAUCAGAAAAUGAGUUCUUUCAUGUAUUUAACUGCAGGUGUCAUCAGUGGUGCAAUUACUACACUAUUAACAAAUCCUAUUUGGGUUGUAAAAACAAGAAUAAUGUCUACUAGUAAAAGUGAAAUAGGAUCAUAUACAUCAACAUAUCAUGGAUUCAAAAGAUUACUCGCUGAAGAAGGUUAUUUAGGAUUAUGGAGAGGAUUGGUUCCUUCAUUCUUUGGUGUCUCCCAAGGCGCCAUAUAUUUUAUGGUUUACGAUACAUUAAAAUUCAAAUUCAGUUCAAUUAGAACUGAUAAUACUGAUAAACUAAGAAAUUCAGAAAUUAUUUUAAUCACGUCUCUAAGUAAAAUGAUUUCUGUUACUUCAGUUUAUCCAUUUCAAUUGUUAAAAUCGAAUUUACAGAGCUUUAAUGCAAUUGAUCAAAAUUAUACUUUAAAAAAUCUAACCAAACUUAUAUAUAAAGCAGAUGGACUUAGAGGACUUUAUAAAGGAUUGAUGGCAAAUUUAAUAAGGGCCAUUCCUUCAACAUGCAUUACAUUUUGUAUAUACGAAAACUUUAGGGGUUGGAUUAAAUAA